GAACCAACAGCUACUGAAAUCCCAAGCACAAGCGCAGCACCCAUAAGUACACGGACCCGUGCUCAGCGUGCUAUUGCAAGCCCAAGCACAAGCGCAGCUAGGGGCCGUGGUCGGCCUGCUACAGCAAGCCCAAGUACAAGUGCAACCAGGGGCCGUGGUAUGCCUGCUACAGCAAGCCCAAGCACAAGUGCAGCUAGGGGCCGUGGUCGGCGUGCAACAACCCCUCGGGUUGUAACUAGUCCUGAGAUGCCUGCACCCAUCCCGCACUCAUCUCCUCAGCCUGAGGUCCCUCCACACAUCCCAGAUGCAUCUCUUCAGCCCGAGGUCCGUUCACCCAGCCCACCUUCGCAGCCCAAUUUUGAUCUCGGUAUUGAUGACAAUGUGACCCCUCCUAUACUCCCCGAGACACCCUCUUACCCACCUACCAGCUCUACUGCACCCACUCCUGGCCUCUACUUAGAGCAUCAUUACCCACCUACCGCAUCCUCAUCUGACCCUCUAGGACCUCCGGUUGGGAUUGACACUGUACAGCCACAUACUGAUGUACCAAACGAGCAUCCCCCUCAUCAGCCCUCACCUCCACGAGGUAGACCACAACGCACUAGAAGAGCACCCAUUUGUGGGACAGGUGGACACAAAAUAGGACACCGAGGUAGCUCUAUGCAUGAUGAUGAGCCUAAGGAUGAUGCCCCGCAGCCUCCUCCCCCGCCCAAACAUUACACAAGGGUUAAAAAACGCAAAAUUGGCGAACCUUGAUUCCGUGGUGGGCCAAUUUCGAUUGCUGAGUACAUGGAGGAAGUUUUGACAAAUCCUAAGGCUGGUUUCUACAUUAAUCGGGAUGUGUUUGGAGCAGAGGGUGAUUUUAUAACCUCCCCUGAAGUAAGGCAAAUGUUUGGGGAGAUGGUUGGUGUUUGGGCCAUGUGCCUGUGGGAGCAAAUGGGACAACCAAGUAAAGUUAACCUUGUUGAGCUGGGUCCAGGACGAGGAACUGUGAUGGUUGAUCUUCUUCGUGGUGCCUCCAAAUUCAAGAACUUCACUGAAUCAUUACAAAUACAUAUGGUGGAAUGUAGCCCAACACUGCAGAAGCUUCAGCACAGCAACUUGAAAUGCAAGGAUGAAGAUAAUACCGAUGACAAGGUUAACAAAAGGAGUGCCAGCACAUUGACUGGGACUCCUGUGACAUGGCAUGCUGCACUGGAGCAGGUUCCUUCAGGAUUGCCUACAAUCAUCAUUGCCCAUGAGUUUUAUGAUGCUUUACCAGUUCAUCAAUUUCAGGUUUGUCUUAUUAAUUUGAGUUGUUCUGGAUGAUAGUUGUGUCUCUUGUUAUAUUAUAU